CAGCCUGAAGCACAGCAGUGCCCAGGACAGCAGCCUCCUCGCCGUGAGCAGCGGUAGCAAGCGCUCUCCAGCCCCAGCUUUGUCAGCAAACAGCAGCGGCGGCAGCCGAAUCGGCCUCGGCCUCGCUCCCCACCACGGCCCCUCGUUCCUGGCGCGCUGGCUAGCCGGCGCGCGGCGGCAGCAGCGGCCAUGAAGCUGUACGCGAUCGCGGACCUGCACCUGGGGCACGAGUUCAACCGGGCGGCGCUGGGGGAGCUGCGGCCGCACCCGGGGGACGGGCUGAUCCUGUGCGGGGACGUGGGGGAGACGGACGAGCACCUGGAGCUGGCGUUCGGGGCGGCGACGCGGAACUUCGGCGCGGUGUGGUGGUGCCCGGGGAACCACGAGCUGUACACGACGGGCGGCGGCGCGCCGGGCGGGCCGCGCCAGCUGCGCGGCGAGGCGCGGUACGCGCACUGCGUGGCGGUGGCGCGGCGCUUCGGCGUGCGCACGCCCGAGGACCCGUACGCGGUGUGGGAGGGCGAGGGCGGGCCGGCGCUCGUCGCGCCGCUCUUCACCCUCUACGACUACAGCUUCCGCCCCGCCCACGUCGCCCGCGCCGACGCCCUGCGCUGGGCCGAGGACGCCGACACCGUCGCCUCCGACGAGUUCCUCCUCCACCCGGACCCGCACCCCUCGCGCGAGGCCUGGUGCCGCCUCCUCGUGCAGCGCGCCGAGGCGCGCCUCGCCGACGCCCGCAAGCCGCGCAAGCGCGCCGCCCUGGCUGCGGCUACGGCCGCCGGAGCGGAGCCGAGGGACGACGCGGGCCAGCCGGCGGCGGAGGGGGAGAGGGAGAAAGAGGAAGAGGAGGAGGUCGUGCUGCCGCUGGUGCUCGCGAACCACUGGCCGCUGCGCGAGGACCUCGUGUACAUCCCGCGGGUGCCGCGCUUCAGCCUCUGGUGCGGCACCAAGGCGACCGAGGACUGGCACCGGCGCUUCGGCGCCGCCGUGGUCGUCUCGGGCCACCUGCACGUGCCCCGGACCGACUGGCGCGACGGCACGCGCUUCGAGGAGUGCAGCCUCGGCUACCCGCGCCAGUGGCGCGAGGUGCACGAGCGCGGCCUCGACAUCAACGACCUCCUGCGCGAGAUCCUCCCCGGGCCCCCCCCGCCGCCCGGCGGCAACACUACCGUGCGCUGGAGGCGCUGGGGCUGAACCCGGUUACCCCCUCUCCCCCGGUACCCCCUCCCUCCCGGAGAGCCGUCUCGCGCGACGGCAGAUGUGAGAGUGUCUAGAGUUUUUCUUACGGAGGAGGCAACAGCAUAGAGGCGACGGCGGGAGUAGACGGCGAAUGUGCCCGCCGGCGCGGAUGUAGUGAGGAGGGUG